GUCCAGCCUUCACAUCCAGUAAGAUGAAAAAUAUGUUCAACCUGAUGUCGGAUUACAGCAUCGACUUUAGCGAUUACUUAGCGCAAUUGUCACCAGAGAAAAGAAUGAUGGAAAUGAAAGACGUCUUCACGAGAUAUACAAAUGACGUAAUCGCUACUUGCGCUUUUGGCGUCAGUGUAGAUUCUACACGGAGAAAAUUUUAUGUUAAAUUUUAUUAUGCUGCCGCACCAACUGCGGACCAUCAAGACGCCCAAGUUUAAAUGCUAUAGUCUUGUGUAAAAUUACUAUGUCCAUAGCAUUUCU